AUGUUGAUCGGAGGAAAGCUCAUGCAUCUGGGAGCUGGUGCCUUGCGUAGCACUGCUACGAAUCGUCGUCUCAUGUCUUCUCAUACCACAAGCGAGUCGAGGAAAAUCUGGUUUCUUGUACGUGAUGUUCAAAAGCUGAAUCACGAUGAUGCAAUUGCGAUGAUCAGAAAAACAGUUCACUCCCAUGCUGCUGCGGUCCCAAGAAGCAUCGAUUUGAAUAGGCUACUUGGAGCGAUCGCAGGAACGAAACGGUACGAUCUCGUGCUAGCUAUGUACAGAGAGAUGGAAUCGCUGGGUGUUUCUCCAAACGUUUACAGCCUUAACGUAGUUAUCGGUGGUCUCUGUAGUAGUGGUGAAGCUGAGCUGGCUUUAGCUACGUUAGGAAAGAUGAUAAGGAUAGGGGUUAAGCCUGACACUGUGACACUCAACACGCUGAUCAAGUCGUAUUGUUCCGAGGGAAGGGUUGAUGAAGCCAAGAAGCUAGCUGAGAAUCUUAGCAAAUUUGGGAUUGAGUCCAAUUUGAUAACUUUGAACACUUUGGUACAUGGGUUAUGUCUUCAAGGGGACGUACAUGGUGCAGUCAAAGCAGUGGAGGAUGCGUUAGAGAAUGGCGUGAAAACAGAUGGAUUCACAUACGGGCCAAUCCUGAACAGAGUAUGCAAGCCAGGGAACAGUACUUUGGCAUUGAAGCUGCUUAGAUAUAUGGAAGAAAGAAAUGUCGACGUCAAUCAAGUCAAGUACACAAUCGUGAUGGACUGCCUUUGUAAAGAUGGGAAGGUUGAAGAGGCAAUCACCCUUUACCAGGAGAUGGAAACAAAGGGGAUGAGAGUUGAUAUCGAGGCAUAUACAUGUCUAGUGAGAGGUCUUCUGAGUGCAGGCAGAGAGGAAGAGAGUAAAGAGAUUUUGGAGGACAUGAUCAUCAAGAAGAUUCCAUUCGACCUUGUCUUUUGGAACACCUUCAUUGAUGGUCUUGUGAAGAACGGAAAUCUUAAGGACGCUGGUGUUAUGCUCACUGAAACAAUGGUUAAAAUAGGGAUGAAACCGAAUGUUGUUACUUACAAUACCGUGAUGAAUGGUUACUGCAAGAAGGGAUUGCUAAAUGAAGCCAGGGAAAUGAUGGAAGCUAUGGUUACCGGUGGAUGCGACCCCAGCAUCGUGACGUAUAACAUCCUCAUUAAAGGGUAUUGCAAGUCUGGGAUGGUUGAUGCUGGAAAAUUCGAUGAUGCCAAAAAUAUUUUACGAGAAAUGCUCUCACGUGGUGUUGCUCCUGAUGUUAGGACUGCUGGUACGUUGCUAGAUGCUCUCUGCGAGGAUGGAAGACUAGAAGAGGCACUGAAAGUGUUUGAGCGUUUCAAGAGCGAAAUGGUUUUUGGUAUUGGUAUCUAUAACAUCAUCAUGAAAGGGAUGUGCAAUUCUGAUAAGGUGGAUGACGCUUGGGAUAUAUUCACAACCCUUCCUCUUAAAAGACUGGAGGCGGAUGUUACAACAUAUAGCAUCUUGAUUUCUGGCUUCUGUAAGAAAGGCUCAAUGUCCAAAGCAGACAUGCUGUUUAAAGAGAUGAAAGCAGGUGGGCAUCAGCCAAACCGUUGGACAUACAAUGCACUCAUCAAGGGGUAUCUGCGAGAAGGUGAUGCUAUCACAUCAGGAGAGCUGAUCAAAGAGAUGAAGACUGGUUUAUUGGGCAAGAACUUCAAAGGAAUUAAACCAUGA